UGAGAGAUAACCCACAUCUCUGUGGUCCACUGUUUGACUGAGGGCGCAUGAGCCGCUGGGAGCUGUGUGUUUGCAGUAAAGAGAUCAUCAAAGACCAUGGCUUACAGUGUCAACAUUCAUCAUGAAUCGGACUCUGACUCUGACUCUGACUUUGAGUGUGUGGGAGAGAGUCAGCCACGUCAGGACUCCUUCCAGCUUGUUGGAGAGCCAGCAGCCAGCACCCAGUGGUGUCCUGAAACCCUACAGAUGGACGUUUUUAAGGAAUGCACGGGUACAAAUGCAGAGUUUACUGCAAUUGGCCAAAUGAGAGAUGAGACCGUUGACAGAAAGCAAAUAAACUCUCUACAGAGGCAUCAUUGGUCGGCUGCUACCCGAAAGGUCCUCUCCUCCAUGCCCAGUCGCACUGCUGGGAUACAUUCUGCUGCAGUAAUUCCCAAGCGUGCCAGAGACUCAUCUCGCCUACAGCAACACCAGACCUCCUCCCAGGAUUCUUCUGACUCCUCUAGACCAAACCAUAACGAAUUUGUUCAGGCAGAGAUGGAAGAAAUCAACACUGAAGAAAACAAGACGGAGCAGUUGGUGUCCAGCCUCCGAGGCCUCUCAGUGAGUGAGGGAAUGCGAAAGCUGCGAGCCACGCCGAUCAGCCUGGCAGACAAGAUGGAAGUCAGGCGACUUGCUUUCAGUGACGUAGCCGAGAGUUCGCUCAUCAGCAGAAAUAUUCCAUGCAACAGUCGUCUUAAGGUGUACAUUUUGAGGAGUUGGCGUCACUGCCUGUUCAGCUGCCUCCCCGUCCUCACUUCCCUCAAGCUGUGGCAUUCACCCUUGAAGAGACUGAGUGGACGUUUCGGAACCGGGGUGCUUUCCUACUUCCUGUUUCUCCGGACCCUCCUGCUCUUUAACCUCCUUCUCUUUGUCAUUAACGGCCUGUUCCUGGUCUUCCCUCAAGCCGUUAACCCUCCUCCUCAUCAUGAUUCUCAUUUCGACACUUUCACUGGCCUUGAGCUUCUCACAGGCACGGGCUACUUCUCUCAGAGUGUGAUGUUUUACGGCUACUACACUAACACCGUCCUCAAAACGUGUCGAGCUGCUGACUCCACCGCUGACUCGCCUGAUCUGCCAGUGUGUGAUGCCGAUAAGCCCCACAUAGUGCCAUACAGCAUACCUGCAGCCUAUUUCUUUACCAUCACCAUCACUGCCUUCUUCAUCUGCAUCAUCCUGGUGUACAGCAUGUCCAAGUCCUUCGGGAGAAGUUUUCAAGUCCUCAAGUCCAACGGGAAUCUGGCUGUAAAGGUUUUCUGCUGCUGGGACUUUAAAGUCAGCAAGAAGACGUCCGUGAGACUGCAGUCUGAGAAAAUCAGCACUCAGCUCAAAGAGCUGCUGUCUGAGAUGAUCAGCGGAGAAGAUAAAAAGAGCUGCAUGCAGCGACUCGGCCGCCUUAUGGUGCACCUGGUGGCGUGGACUAUAUGCCUGGCCAGCAUCUUCCUGGGCGCCAUAGGAGUCCACUACCUGUCAGAGGCUGUCAUUAAGCAGACUCCUUUCAAAGAAACUGAGCUGCUGCUCUUGUCUGCAGUGGUGUCUGGCAUUAACCUGUUAUUCCCCGGCCUCUUCAACCUGUGUGCCUGGAUAGAGAAACACGACUCACCCAGUGUUCGUGUCUAUGUCUCCAUCUUCAGGAACCUGCUGUUGAAGGUCAGCAUUGUUGGAGUGCUGUGUUUCCGUUGGCUCGGGAGAAUUGCUGUGGAACCAGAAAGUUGUGGUCUGCAGUGUUGGGAGAGCUUUGUGGGGCAAGAGCUGUAUCGCCUGCUCCUGAUGGACUUUGUCUUCACUGUGCUUUACACUUUUUUGGGAGAGUUCCUGUGGAGGCUCUUCUCCAAGAAAGUGCUGAGAAGGAACAGAAUGCCAGUGUUUGACAUUGCUCGUAAUGUGCUGGAACUCAUAUACGGACAAACCCUUACUUGGCUCGGGGUGCUGUUUGCUCCACUACUUCCUGCCGUCCAGAUCAUAAAGCUGUUUGUGCUAUUUUACAUGAAGAAGAGCAGCCUAAUGCUCAACUGUCAGGCGUCCAGAAAGCCUUGGAGGGCCAGUCAGAUGACGACACUGUUCAUCUGUCUUUUGUGCUUCCCCUCGUUUCUCGGUGCUGCCGUGUCUGUCACUUACACAAUUUGGACGAUUAAACCCUCGUCAGGAUGCGGCCCUUUCAGGAAUCUCACCACAAUGUUUCAGUCAGGACAGCUGUGGGCACGGGAGCUGGAGAACGCCCACCCGAUCCUGUCAUGGCUCAGCUGGGCCUACAACUCUCUGGUGGAGAACCCACUGUUCUUAUUCCUCGCCAGUGGAGUCCUCCUAAUGGUGAUAUAUUUUCACACUCAAGUUGUUGAUGGCCAAAGGAGAAUCAUCAGCCGGUUAGAAAAGCAAGUUGAAAAUGAGGGUAAAGACAAAAAGUUCCUCAUCGCCAGUUUGCAAGCCAUUUACGAACAAAGUGGUCUGGUUUCCCCUCAUAGAUGAGUCUGUGGCUGAACAACAGAGCAAUGGAGACAUAAUCUCAUCAGCGACGAGAAUCUUCACUAUGAUAGAUGGUUCAACGCCAUCAGGAAAUCAGGACAAUUGUCCACAAAACACAAUGAGAACAAAACAACAAGCAAAACCAGAAACAGUAAAGUGUGACAUCAAACAUAUUCCAUAAUGUGUGAGCUCUUAAUGUGCUGGCUGUUAGCUUCAUAAUGGAGCGGUGAACAUUUAUUUAUAC